CACACACGUACUUAUCCUUCUUCUUCCCCUACUCGUUCUUCCGUACUUGCAAUGGCGGCGAAGGUAGGUUUCGACGGAGAAGCAGCAGCGGCGCUGGCGAAGGAGCUCCGAGCCAGCUUCGCAUCUUCCAAGACUCGGAGCUACGAAUGGAGAGUGUCGCAGCUCAACGGCCUCCUCAAGCUCACCACCGAUCACGAGGCCGAGAUCGUCGACGCUCUCAACUCCGACCUCUCCAAGCCUGAAUUCGAGUCCCUAAUCUACGAGAUAUGCAUGGUAAAGAGCUCGUGUAAAUUGGCAAUCAAACAACUCAAGUCAUGGAUGAAGCCAAAGAAGGCUAAACCUUCAAUGACCACUUUCCCUUCGUCAGCUAAAAUAGUGUCUGAGCCUCUUGGUGUUGUACUAGUAAUUUCAGCAUGGAAUUAUCCUUUCUUGUUGUCCCUUGAUCCAGUCGUUGGAGCCAUCGCAGCUGGUAAUGCUGUGGUUCUAAAACCAUCAGAACUUGCUCCUGCCACAUCGUCAUUGCUUGCAAAACUAUUAGGAAAGUAUAUGGAUAGUUCUUCUGUGAGAGUUGUUGAGGGGGCUGUUGCUGAAACAUCUGCCCUAUUGGAGCAGAAGUGGGACAAAAUAUGUUACACAGGCAACGCAAGAGUGGGAAGGAUUGUGAUGGCUAGUGCUGCAAAGCACCUUACACCUGUUCUUUUGGAGCUUGGAGGAAAAUCUCCUGUUGUUGUUGAUUCUGGCAUUAACUUACAAGUCGCAAGUAGGCGGAUAAUUGUAGGAAAGUGGGGGUGUAAUAAUGGACAGGCUUGUAUUUCCCCUGAUUACAUUAUAACAACAAAAGAUUUUGCUUCUAAAUUGGUGGAUGCCAUGAAAAGUGAAUUGGAUAGCUUUUAUGGGAAGAAUCCGCUACAGUCAAAAGAUCUGUCUCGUAUAGUGAAUUAUAAUCACUAUGCUCGCUUGACAAAUCUGUUGGAUGAGGAUAAGGUUUCUGGGAAGGUCAUCCAUGGAGGUGAAAGGGACACGAGCAACUUGAGGAUAGCUCCCACCAUCUUACUCGAUGUCCCACAAGACUCCCUGAUGAUGCAGGAGGAGAUCUUUGGUCCCUUGCUACCUAUUAUCGCGGUUGACAAGAUAGAAGACAGCUUUGAUUUGAUAAACUCAGGAACAAAGCCGCUUGCUGCAUAUUUGUUUACCAACAGCCAGAAGCUGAAGGAUCAGUUUGUAAGGAAUAUCUCUGCAGGAGGUAUGGUUAUCAAUGACACUACCAUUCAUCUCGCUGUUCCCUCCUUGCCAUUUGGAGGAGUUGGGGAAAGUGGAAUGGGUGCAUACCAUGGGAAAUUCUCUUUUGAAGCCUUCAGCCAUAAGAAAGCAGUUGUUUGUCGAGGUUUUUUGGGAGAUGCUUCUCUGAGGUACCCUCCAUACACGGAGGGGAAGCUAAGUGUUCUAAAGGCUCUGGUCGGUGGUGAUAGUAUAGUGGACAUAAUCCGCUCUCUGUUCUGAUGGUGUGAGGCUU